AGUUAGGAACCAGUUCCUGUCGUCAAGGGACCAGUCCUUGAAGACUUGAGGAUUCGGCGCACUCCAUGGGACACCCACAGAGACCUCCGUACUCCGGGUGCGUGCGGAAUUUCGGUGGCCAGUUGGGUGGUGCCUCGAGUGCCAGAAGGUGCCACUUGGGGUAUUUAGAAGGACGUGAGGCUGUGGUUCUCCUCAAACAGACAGAACAUGUCCCAGAAAUUUGCUAACUUGGACGAAGUUAUCCUGAGGGCAGACCUUGACAAACGUAAGAAGCAUGGUGACAGAGUUCAGAAAGGUUUUACGGCUGCAUACCCAACUCAGUCCUCCAUCCCUUAUAGAUACAGGAAAUCAAUAAUCCCAGAAUCAGAAAAAAAGGGAUUUAACAGCCAAGCCAGGAGAUUUUACAGCAAAAAGGAUGACAUCCCGGGCCCUGGAUUCUACAAUGUCAUCCACCAGUCUCCAGUGUUCAACAGUGCCUCUCUUUCCAAGAGAGGAACCUGCACUUUUCCCUCCACGCGUGUCCGGCUGGGCCCCAUCAUUUCUAAAAAUCCCGCUGCCAAUGCUUAUACCAUCCGGUCAGACUUGACUUCCAAGAAGGACUUCAGCAAUGCCUGUUCCAGCAUGUUCCAGCUGCCAAGCUUCACGAAAGUGGAAAAAUCAGAAACCCCUGCCCCAAACCAUUACAAUGCCUCCAUCGCCUCCUGCAAACAGAAAAACAAUGUCUGUGCUCGAGCCGGGUUUCUAUCGAAAACGCCGAGAGGAUUCAUGCCCUCGUCAGCAUCCGGAGGGCCAGCACCAGGGCAUUACAAUGUCAACGAGUCCCUGGUGAAGCAAUCGCCCAAGUUCUUAAUGUCCUGCUUCAAAUCCAAAACCGGCCGUGGAUUAAAACCGACCUCAACAGGCCCAGGACCUGGUUACUACAACCCGACCGAUCAAACCAAGAUUCUGAAAAAAUCUUAUUUCCCGAAAACAACGCUCCUGACUUUUUCCGCCCACCCUCUGCCUCUGCCUCCAAAGCCACCUCUGCCUGGUCCUGGUCAGUACGAGAUCGUGAACUACGAGGGACCCCCGAAGCACUUCAUCUCCAGUGCAUCGUUUGUGUCCAACACCAGCCGGUGGCCGACGAAGUUAUCCAAACCCAACCUUCCCGGCCCAGCCACAUACAAGCCAGAGAUUCCAGGGAAGCAGUCCUUCCUCUACAACGAAGACAACAAAUGGGUCCCUGCGGUCUAGUGAUGCCACAGGAGCAGAGGGAGAGAGAGCCCGCCAGGCCCCCUGACCCUGCUCCUCAAGACAUCCAUCAACAGAACAUGCCUUUCCUCCGUGUCACCCCGCCCAGGGUCACAUACUGUCUGGAGCUGCCUUCUGGAGACUGGCCACCCCGUCCCUCCCAUUCCCUCCCUUGCCCACCCCAAGCGGAGCUCUCUGGCUACCUCUGUGUCUGCCUCUAAGCUGGUUCUGGUGACUCUCCUUCCCAGAGAUCAGGACUCUUGGAGCACUGACUCUGUGGAGCCCCAGUCUCCUGCUAAGGCAGCCUGUGGUCGAUGAGCAGCAAGUCAGCCAGCUGAGGCCCUGUCCUCGAGAUUGUCCUUGUCUUCUGGGUGGCAGGGAGGCUCAGAGGUGCCUGCAGCAGAGGCACCUCUGCCCUCAGUUAUGCCUUGUUAUUACACAGCCAGAACAUGGAAACUAGUCAUGAAUCACUCAUCACACAUCAGCAGGCUAGGCAGAGCCUCUAGCUGGAGCGAGAGGCAUGGCGCCACUGUCCCCAGGGCAUGGAGGACUUCUGGGUCCCCUCCCUUCAUGUUCUCACUUCCCAGUCAUGUUCUCACUUCCCAGCUUGCCUCUGCCCAGUCUCUGUCGCCUUCCUGCCUUCCCAUUCUGAUUAUGGGUAGGGUAGGCAUCGGUUACUAAGUUGGACUGUGUCCCUGACAGAUCAUGGCUUGUGGGAGAGCUGACCAAGAACGAAGAUGAAAUGUGCCUCUCACCCUUCCUGUUUCUCUCAUCCCCUUCCACCCUCCCCUAUCCCAGACACUGAUAAUGUCUGCCACUUUCCUAAAUGGCGUCCUCAUAGCCUCCCCUUCCCUCCUCCAGUCCCGGAUUCCCUUCCACAGCACCUGCCUGGGCUUCUCUCCUCCCAAGGCCCCUUCCUUGACAUUUUCUGAGAACUCUGCCUCCUGGGCUUCCCAUCUUGACUGGCUGCCUGACUGGCUCUCUUCCUGGGGUGGGGGGUGGGGGGAGGACAUGAGAAAGGAGGAGGGAAGGGACGAAGAAACAGAUUCAAUUAAAUGGAAUUCUUGCUUCUCACGGAAGCUGGCCUCUUUGUGAUCCUCAGAUUCCCUCAAGCCAGGGCUUUGGAAUGGUGAGGUAGCCUGGUCUACCCUGGGAAGCAUAAGGGAUUCUGACCAUGG